AGUCAACAAUUAUUGAGUUUUCUCCGUAAUUGCAACUUAAUAGUGAACCAAAAACUGUGGAAAAACAUUAUUGACAUUAUUCAUAAUCGGACAGUACUCUCAAAAGAGAUAGGAAAUAAUUAUGGGGACUGCCGUUGGACGAUAUUUUGGUCAUAAUUUCAUACUUUGUUUUUUCUUCCUUUCUGAGUAAAAUAGAAACAUUAUAGGUUUUAUUAAUUAUAUUCAUUCCAUUUUCCAUUCAUUUCUGUAGGUAGUUGUAUUUUUGUUUGUUGUAUUAGUAAGAUUAUUGUUUGAAGAUGAUUCAGGUUUGUAGGGACACUUCAGACGCUGUAGCGCUGUAUCUGCCUCAGCGUUUGUACUUGAAACCCUUUGCAAAGCUAAACAUUUCUGUCCAGCUCCCCACACAGAAGGUCCACGGCAAGGCGAUCUCCAACUGGGAGUUAAUGGAGAAAUUAAGAAAAAUUAUCCAACCUGAAAGUUUUUCUUCAUUAAAAGUGUCAAAACAUAGUUCUGAAGUGAUACGGUUCGACGCGGAACUCGAGAAGCGAAACAAGCUAGAGACUGUAUUGUCAAGAUUAGAGGACAGGGUCGUCCAACUCAAUGACUAUCCAGAGUCUCUCCGAGUGCGGGCCUCAGAAGCCAAGUCAGAUUUCCCAAUUAGAUAUUCGUGGGAUUCGUUUUUCCGCGAUGCAACAGACAUGGAUGAAAUGAAGCCUGGAGAAAGGCCUGAUACUGUGCAUAUAAGCAACUUACCAAUCAGAUGGUUCAUACAUGACAGAGCUCGGGAUGAUGAUGCCCCUCAGGAAAGCAUCUUCAAGAAAGUGUUUGAGAAAUAUGGGUCUGUGCGGCAGGUAGAUGUGCCCGCCGCUGAUCCAUUCCGUAUGCAGAUGAAGUCUUCCAUGCGGGGGAUCACUACGCCUCCGCAAGACGCAGCCUUGUACUUUGAAGGCUAUGUGCAGUUCAGUGAGUAUGUCAGCUUUGUUCGCUGCAUGGAUGCAUUGAGAGGCCACAAGCUACUGAGAAAGAAGGAUGACAUAGCAGAAUGGUGCACCAUCAAAGUAGACUUUGACAAGACAAAGCACAUGACUGAUGCUGCUGUCAAAAGAAGAGGGAUUGUAAGGGAAAGACUCAUCACAAGACAGAGAGCUAAAGAUGACGAGGAAAAGCAGGAGAAGGAUAAAAUUGCUAAAAAAGAAGCUAAAGAAAGACAAAAAGAUACUGUCUCACGUAUCAUUUUUCAUUCUUUAAGACAAAAGCACGAGAAGGUUGAGCGCGACAAGCUGGAACGCAUGAAGGAGCGCGAGGAGCGGCGGAAGAGGAAGCAGCUCGCCAAGCUCAUACAGAAGGACAAUGUGGAUGUCAGCAGCGUGGCCCUUGAAGAAGAACAGAAGCUGUUGAAAGUGCAGAAGAAGCUGCAGGCCAUUAGGCUGAUGGAGGAGCUGUUUAAGAGAAUUGAGCUCCGUCAAGAGCCGCGCGGGUCAGGCACCCAGCGCGCGGGCGAGGCGGCGGCGCGCGCGCGCGUGGUGGACCGCAUGCGGAGACAGCAGGAGACCCUGCUGGACAGCCAGCGGGAGCGCUACCGACAGGCACUCGAUGGUCGGAUAGUGAUCCGCACGGCUCUGGAAACCAAGAAGCCGAAGCCUCGAGCAUCCUCCGUGAGCUCCCUGUCUUCAGACGACGCGCGGGGUGAUAGACACAAGCGCAUCAAGACUGAGAAACUCACCACGCCGGAGCGAGAGAUCGAGUAUAAGAAAGCGCUGGGCAUGUACGGGAUGCCGCACCCGUACGGCUUCGGCUACCCGUUCCCGCCCGCCGUCCCGCCCGGCGUGCCCGGCUACCCCUACCCGCAAACAUCCAUGUACUACCCGGCGGUGCAAGGAGCGUACUACCCGCCGCCGCCGGAGUAUGCCCCCCGGCGCCCCUACCGCGGCCGGGGGCGCGGGCGCGGCCGCGGUCGGCCGUAUGACCAUCACUAUAGUUCUAGAUACAACCAAGAGGACAACAGUCGCAACGAGCACGACGACCGCGCGCGGUCGCGUUCGCGCUCGCGUUCUCGCUCGCGGUCGCGGCGGCGCUCGCGCAGGCGCUCGUACUCGAGGUCGAGGUCACGGUCGCGCCGCUCGCGCAGCCGGAGGUCAAGGUCGCGCAGUCGAAGGUCUAGAAGCCGUCACUCUCGCUCGCGAUCUCGCAAGCGUUCCCGCUCCCGCUCCCGCUCCCGCCGGCGCUCCACGCCGCGAGAGAAACAGAGGACGCCCAGCCCCGCGCCGCCCGCCGACAGGUCCGUGCACACAUAGCCAGCGUGGACAGCAGUAAGUUCGUGUCUCCCAAGACGAUGCGGCGGCAGCGGUCCCGCUCCAAGAGCUGGUCCCUGCCCAAGGAAGGAGAUAACGGCAAGGCCUGGUCCAAGAGUCCCAGCGCUCAGAAGAAAGAUGAUUGAGAUAUUUAUAUUUAUAAGCGAAAUAUAGUGUACGUUUGUAUAACAUUUA